AUUAUUUUUAGGUGGGGAAGGAUUUAAAACGUUAACAUCCAUGUGCAAUCUGAAGUAGUAUUAUGUCAUUAAAACAUUCAAUUAUCUUUCAUCACAGGAUGUAUUCUAUUUUUGAAACAUGUAAUUGUUUUCCCCAUGGGCAAGUCAAUCAACACUUUAUUCUUUGUUUUACAUUGACUUGCAAAAGCUAUUUUAUCUAGCUUUAGCAACACAAGAUUGCCGUUUGCACUUUUUUGCCUGCUAACCACUAGGGGGUGGUCUGUUGUUAGUUUAAUGGAGAGAACAUCUUUAAUCAUAAAUUGCUAAAUUAAAGUAUUCUAGAAACUCUCUCCUCUGCCCCCCCACCUUUUUAGAGAUAGAAUUCAUCCUUGUUCUUUGCUUGACCUGAAGAGUGACAUCACUGCCUUUCUCCCUGUUGCACUGUAGUUGCUUGAGUCACAGGCUUUGACACAUGCCAGAUGGCUGCAAUUGGUAGGCGUGCAGGCUGCCUGGUGCUACAGUUGAUGAAACAGAAUAGGAAGACCUUUUAUGAUCAGCUGCUGGAUCCCAGUAAGACUACAGCUUUGCUAGGGUCAUGUAGGGGGGAAAAGAACAAAAAGGUGACUUUUUCUCAUGAAGAACUGAGAAAACGGCUGACACCCUUGCAGUACCAUGUUACUCAGGAGAAAGGAACUGAAAGUGCUUUUGAAGGAGAAUAUACAUAUAAUAAAGCCAUUGGAAUAUAUAAAUGUGUUGUUUGUGGAAGCCCUUUAUUCAAGUCUGAAACAAAGUUUGACUCCAAUUCAGGUUGGCCUUCAUUCUAUGAUGUAAUCAACUCUGACACAAUUACAUGUACUGAUGACUUCUCAUUUGGGAUGCACAGGGUUGAGACAAGCUGCACUGAGUGUGGUGCUCAUCUUGGCCAUAUAUUUGAUGAUGGGCCACGUCCAACUGGAAAACGAUAUUGCAUAAAUUCAGCUUCGUUAGCUUUUGAGCCUGUAGACAAGAAUCAUGCUGGAGAAGACAAUGCUAGUUCUACAUCUGCACAACCAGACAAGACAGAGUUGUAAUGGGAAUCUGUUGCUUAACAUUGUUUUCCUAGAUGACAUGGAAAGAAUAUUUCUAAAUGGUUUUCUAGCUUACAUACUAUUUUUAAAAUAUACAAAAAUGUAUACAGCUUUUUCCCUGAUCAAAAUGAGAUGCUAAUUUCUUUUCUUAUAUAACCCGGCAUAACUAUUUCACAACUUCUGUGCUUUGAUCUCAUAACAAAUUGUCUUUUGACACUAUGGUGUUGAUUACUUGCAUUUUUCUUAUGAUAAGUCUGAAUUAUAUUCUUUCAUAUUUUUCAUUCUUUUCAUUCAGUACACAACCAUAGUAAGAAAACAGUUUUCUAAUGCUACUUAGAUGAUUUUGUUUUGAUUUGCACAUAUACAUGGUUACGAGCGUUCCCUUAGCAAACAUACGCAAUAAGCGCUCCCCUAGUGUUUAUGAACAAGUCCUGAAACUACUAAAGUGCAGCUUCAUGGCAGCCCUUAUGAAUGACCACAGAGGCUCUGCAACAUUCACCCUGCCUAUUUUCCUCCCCCCACCCAGUCUUCAAAGGCACUAGGCCUGUGGAUAAUCACCUUGCGAAGAUCUAGAGACCCUUCACUUUCUUGGUCUGUUUUGGCACUUCAGGCCCUUGGUGAGUACGCAGAAAUAUGCUAAAAAUAUGACUCUUCCAUUUGAAUUAUAGAUAAACAUAUUCACUUUGUACAAAUUGCAAUCAAACUGUAUGUAUUUGAAAUACAUGUGUUUAGGCCUAAAGUACUGCAAGAUCAUGUGAGAUCAGUAUUGUGAGAUCUCAUGCUAUUGAUCUAUCGUGGUGUCACAAUACUUUAGACCUCUGUUCUCUGAAAACGAAGGCCUGGAUGAGAUCUUCAGAAAAAGGCCUUGCAAACCGAGGGAAGGCCUGAAAUAUCAAAACUUUCCCUCCAUUUGCAAAGACUUUUACCAUCCUUGCAAAAAGCCUUUGCAACCCAAAAUGGAGCUUCGCAGCUCCCUUUUGGUGUGUGCAGGCCUCGUCCAGCACUUUCCAGCCCAAAAUGAAGCUCCUUUGGGCUGUAAAAUUCCAGACAAGGCCUGCACAUGCCAAAAUGGAGUUUCAGAAGGGCGUGGCAGGCUGGAGAGGAGACAGCUUGCUAGAUCUUCGCAUAGUAAGUGACCCAGCGUGGCAGGUUGGGUGUGAGGAAAAGCAAUUGUGGGGAUCAUGAGAUAUUUCAGUUGGUCGGGAAGGCCUUGGGUGGUCUUAAACAGGUGGCCUGUUCCAUCACUAGGCCUCCCCCCAUUUCCCACCCUGAAAUAUCUCAUGUGCACUUAACGAACCACGCAUCUGAUUAGUGAAUGCGUGGGCAAAAGGAGUGAGUGAGCUAUACCCAUUCAAGGUAUAAGAUUAACUCCCACUAAUCCUCGGGUUAUAAAUGGAAUGGGAAGGCUCCAUUAUAUUCGUAACUUGAGGACUACAUGUAGUCAACUAACUGGCUGUAAUUCUUGUACCACUCCAUAAAUGAGGCUGUAUAAUUUAGUAUAAUCAACCCAAUUUUGUCUUGGAUUUCUGCAAAGUAUACAACUACAUAAAUGGCAACCAUACAUCCCAGUCUUCAGUUAGAUAAAUACUAUUUUUUUUAAAAAAUUAAAUAAGAUCACAUUUAUAUCAAACAGCCUAGAAAAGAUAGUAAAUUUACUCCUUUAUGUAGCAGGUGGCUUUCCUUUGGAACAUCUUAAGAGGCCAGAGUAGUCACAAUACACUUUUAAAAGCUAUGGAUGAAGACUGGUAAUCAUAGACCAGUUUCCUCACACUUGUAAUGACAGUUUUAAAAAUCCUCAAUCCUCAAAAUGUAUUUAUCUCCUCAAAAAGUCAAAAGAGGAAUCAUAGAAUAGUCUGCAAACAUGAGGAAGAUUAUUUUAUUUUGUGAUCCUAUGCGAAUUAAAAAACAUGUAUUGCCUUACCAAUUAGCAUUGUCCUGGGAAAGUUAAUACCUCAUUAAAUGGUACAAAUCUUCCUGAAAUUUCCCUUAACAGCGACAGUGUGUAGAUAGGAAAGUCCUAUUGUAAGCAUCAGAUUGCUAUGCCUACAUUACCUUUUUAUUACUAUUUGGGAGAUAAUCACUUAGGCUGUAUUCUGUUGCUCCUUUUCAACUUCUAUAUGAAGAUCCACUAUCCUUGUGUCAUGUCCACUUGCAUUAGAAUAAAGAGACAAUACUUUUUCAUAAACAAUAAAAACCAUAGCAAUGAGUAGCCAUACCCAGUGAAAGUUGGUGGUCUGUGGUAAAGUUUUGAUGUGAGAUGCCUGGUUCUACUAAGAGUGAGCAAGUUUGUCUUACAGAGGAAAUGCUGAGUAUGAAGUGUGGCCCUAACCCUAACCAUUGGGUUUGCCAUAGGACCUAUCCUGGGUCUCCCAAAGUGGGGUGGGAACAUGACACUGUCCUCACUGUUGAUUAAAAAAACAACUAAAAAGUCAGUACAGUCAAUCUCAGUCCUUGUAUUGGCAAGAAAACAUUUUGUCCUUCAGCUGUGAUGAACAUAUAAUUUGUGAAUUAGUCUCAGAGUUUAGUAUAUGUAGGACAGAAAUCUCUUGCAAUGAUAUUCCUACUUUCUACUUCAUGUUGCAAGGAAAUUGGUGUGAUUGCUGUGAAAAUUAACUGUCAUGCUUGAGAAUAGCAGCAUUUUGCGAAGUAUAACAUUAUCCUACUAUUUAAGAUAUUUUUACUAUAAUUCAUUAUCUGUAUCAAACAGAUCACCUGUAUCAGGCACACAAAUAGUUAAAAUUGCUAUCUAUUAGCCUCAUGCCUCUUAACAACAAAAAUUGAAUUAUAGAUUGAUAUAGGAUUUAGGAAUGCAACCAUAUACAUAAGAGUUAUUUUAUAGCAUUAUUCUAAGGCAUGUGAUUGCUUUCUCAUUUGUUGGGUGAAUCUUUGCCAUUUGCCAAGAGAUUGUAUUUUUAUUACUAGUUAAUUUUCUCUAAUUAUAUUUUCUGAAAUGAAAUCACUGAUUUGUAACAUCAGUGAAAAUAUGGGGCAUUGAUUUUUGAGAUAACUUUCAGUUAAUGUUUCACUUUCAACCUAUUUCUGUCUUCUUAAAGGAAUGUAUUCCUCAGACUCUAAUAAGCAAUAAUGUAAGCUUUUCAUAAGUUAAUUUAUAUUUACAGUUUAUGAAAUGCAGUGAAUUGAAUCAGUAUGGCCACAUAUUGGUAUGCUAUAAGAGUAUAACUUCAUUAAUAAACAGAAGCCCUGGGUAUAGAUUGUUUUCCAUUAAUAAUAUGUGUUAGAAAUAAUGUGAGCGUAACACUUACAAUACUACAGAGCCCAAAAUAUCACUUUGUUUAUGGCUUUGCUAUACCUUGGAUUGAGCGCAAUAUGUGACUGGGGAAUCUGUUGGUGUCUCCUGGAUAUUUUGUAUUGUGUGACUGAUACUACUGAAUGCACAUGUUUCAGUCUAUAUCAGGGGUGUCAAACUCAUGUCACGGCGGCGUCACGUGACAUAUCAGGACUUUUUCCCCCUUGGCUAAACCAGGUGUGGGUGUGACCAGCACCUGACACAUUCGGCCCACAGGCUGGGAGUUUGACAGCUCUGAUCUAUAUUAUAUAAGAGUUUAUACAGAUAUUGAAAAAAAAAGAAAGUGAUUAUUUUAGUAUAUUUGGAACUUGCCAUCAGAACUAGUUUUUUGCUUUUAAAACAUUAGGUUUUAUUCAGUGAAGAUGCCUUUUAAUAUGUUUGCUGAACACAGAUAUAUAUUUAAUUUAUAAAUAAAUAUUUCUCUCUAUA